CGUUUGCCCCACCCACCCCCACACGCUCCACUUCCGGAAGGGGCCGUCAUGCUCUCUGUGGCUAGGUGUUUCUACGCCUAACAGCGUACUGGAGCUUCUCUGCUGGACUCUGGAGUUUUACAAAAGCCUUCUUCUCGGGCAACCUUCCUUAGAUGGUUUUCAAGGAAACUGGGCUACGAAGUGGCAAAGUCUCUAGGAAGCAGGAUGCCAAUGCCUCUGGGGAAACAGAUCUUUUUCGCUGGAGUGGCAGCUAGUGGGGGCUGCGCCAUUCUGUACUACCUGGUCCAGAAAACGUUUUCCAGAGCUUCUUAUUACCAGCUGGCCCUGGAGCAGCUGCACAGCCACCCUGAGGCACUGGAAGCUCUGGGCACCCCUCUCAAUGUUCACUACCUCCGACUCACCGACAAGUACAACUUUGUGGACAUUGCCGAAGCAAAGCUGAAGAUCCCUGUCUCUGGACCAAAGUCAGAAGGCCAUCUCUAUGUCAGCUCAUCUAGAGAUGCCCCCUUUAAGAGGUGGAACCUUCAGGAGGUCUUCUUAGAGCUCAAGGAUGGUCAGCAGAUUCCCCUUUUCAAGCCCAGCAGGGACAACGAUGAGGUGAAAAAGGAGUGAAGAUGAUCAGCUCCCUCUGCUCCUGGCCUCCCUGGUCACCAUGCGUCCCCCAGGGCUGCAAGUGCGGCCAUAUGUGAUCUCUGUAUCAUUCUAAUUUAACCACAGUGAACCCUACUGAAGUUUUUAGUUUAAUCAGAAACUUACUGUAAUUUACAAGAAUUUGAAAGUUCUCUGUAUAGAAUAAAGGGAAUCAGUAUUAAUAAUGUUGAUUUC